AUGGUGUUUGCAGACCUCCUGGAGCAGGUGGGCAGCACAGGACGCUUCCAGGUCCUGCACGUGACGCUCCUCUGUCUUCCCGUCAUGAUGAUGGCCAGUCACAACCUGCUGCAGAACUUUGUGGCCUUGGAGUCUCUUCACCACUGCAGAGCACACUCCAACCUCUCUGGGUUUCAGCUGAGCCCAGAGGAGACGCUGCUCAUCACUGUCCCUCUGGAUUCUGUUGGGAAACCUCAGAGAUGUCAGCGGUACGUGAGUCCACAGUGGCACCUUGUGGACAGGAACUGGAGUUUGGCUUCAGACAAGCGUGGUGAGGAUGAGGAUGAGCUGGACAUUGUCCUGCAGGGAUGCACAGAUGGCUGGUCCUACAACAUGACUGAAAGGACCUCCACUAUCAUAUCUGAGUGGGAUUUGGUGUGUGACCUGCGCUCCUUUAAACAAAUGGGACAAACGAUUUACAUGGGAGGUGUGCUCAUGGGGGCUUUUGUGUUGGGGAGCCUCUCAGACAGAUAUGGUCGACGAAUGCUCCUGAUUGUUUCCAACCUGCUCAUGGCAGUUUCAGGAACGUGCGCUGCUUUCUCCCCCUCCUUCUCCCUCUUCUGCCUGUUCAGGUUUGGUUGUGGGAUGGCUCUGUCUGGCGUCGGCCUCAACUCCUUAUCACUCAUUGUCGAGUGGGUCCCCACCCGUGUGCGAACCGCCACAGGGACAAUGGCGGGUUACUGUUACACGAUUGGACAGCUGAUCUUCACAUUCCUCGCUUACUUCAUCAGGGACUGGAGGUGGUUAACGCUGAGCGUGUCGCUGCCUUCCUACGCCUUCUUCCUCAGCUCAUGGUGGUUACAUGAAUCCUCCAGAUGGUUAGCUUUAAAUAAUAAGCCUGAACAAGCCGUCCAGGCUCUGAAAAGUGUGGCCAGGUUUAACGGACACCACGAGGAGGGAGAGAAGAUCGAUGUUAAAAUGCUCCAAGAGUCCAUGAAAAAAGAGAUGUCCUGUUCCCAGAGGUCGUACUCUGUCCUGGACCUGUUCCGCACACCCAAAAUGAGGAUCAUCACCGUCUGCCUCAGUGCUGUCUGGUUAUCAACCAGUUUUGCAUACUAUGGCCUUGCUAUGGACCUUCAGAAAUUUGGUGUGGACAUCUACUUGAUACAAGUGAUCUUUGGCGCUGUGGACAUCCCUGCUAAGGUUGUAAUGACUGUGUGCAUGAGCUUUAUUGGACGUCGGCAAUCCCAAAGCGGAGCUCUCAUCCUCGCUGGAAUCACUAUUUUAAUCAACAUCCUGGUACCUUCUGAUAAACAAAUCAUACGAACCAGUCUGGCUGUGAUUGGUAAAGGUUGUCUUGCUGCUUCUUUCAACUGUUGUUACCUUUACUCUGGAGAACUUUAUCCGACCAUCAUUCGGCAAAACGGCAUGGGUUGGGUGUCCAUGAUGGCGCGUGUCGGAGCUAUGGUGGCCCCCAUUGUCCAACUGGCUGGGGACCACGUGCCCUGGCUGUCUGGUUUGAUCUUUGGAGGAGCUCCAAUCCUCUCUGGAGUGGCAGCAAUUUUUCUACCAGAGACCCUCAACGUGUAUCUUCCUGACACAAUUCAAGAUGUGGAGGAGAGGGAAUCUGAAAAAAGCUCCAAAGCGUCGCCAAAGGAAGCGAUGAUCCUUCAGGACACUCAGUCGACUCUCCUCAAACAGACUGCCUGA